UCCAAAAACUGAAUUUUCCUUGUUUCAAUUAUUUUCUUUCAGGACGCUGACAGAAACAAAUUGCAAAUGCUCCCCAACUGUAAUUUUUCAGUCCGUUUCUCUUCAAAACUGUAAAUUUGAGAGUAUAGAAAGUGCCAAAAUUCUCUCUGCAACUCUGCUUAUAUUCACCAUGGCCACAACUGAAACCGAAACCAAAACCAUGAUCUCUUUUCUCCUGCUGUUGCUUCUCUCUCCCAUCUCUACCACAGCUUCCACUGCAGCUUACCCCACCGUCCCUGGAGCCGCUGACACCUCUGCGUCCGCUUCCCUAAACGACAACUUAACACCAAUCCGCCGAGAAUUAUAUGGCGAUGGAAGAAUCUUCGACAUUAGCCACAGAUACACAAGCAAUUUGCCGGCUUAUAGGUCCGAUAAUGGGCUGGGACAAUUCCUUCAGCUCGCCGCCAGCAUGAAGAAUGGGUCCUUCGCAAACAUCUCGGAGAUGAAGUUCUCCGUCCACACCGGCACACACGUCGAUGCUCCGGGACACUUUUUUGAUCACUACUUCGAUGCUGGGUUCGACGUCGACACUCUAGACCUUGAAGUGCUUAAUGGUCCUGGGCUGCUGAUUGAUGUGCCAAGAGAUUCAAACAUAACUGCUGAAGUUAUGAAGUCCUUAAAUAUUCCCAAGGGAGUAACUCGAGUGCUUUUCAGAACACUCAACACCGACAGGAGGCUUAUGUUCAAAAGUAAGUUUGACGCAAGCUUUGUGGGAUUCACAGAGGAUGGUGCAAAAUGGUUGGUACAGAACACUGACAUCAAGCUUGUUGGCAUUGAUUACUUAUCUGUUGGUGCUUGGAGUGAGAUGGUUUCAACUCAUCUUGUCUUUCUGGAAAGCAAGGAAAUCAUAAUCGCAGAAGCCCUAAAACUUGAUGGUAUCGAAGCAGGAAUAUAUUAUGUGAAUUGCUUACCUUUGAGGUUGGUUGGUGCUGAGGGAUCUCCAGCAAGAUGCAUUCUUAUCAAAUGAUGAGUGCUGUGUUCCUGUAAUUAUCUCAAGCAUUUUUGUUCCAUGCAGUGAAGACUUAGACCUAAUGCUACUAGACAUGUUCACAUUUUGUGGUUCUGAUUCAUUCAUGUUCAUCUUGUUUUAA